AUGACUAAUCUAAACUCUACUAAAAUUGACUUGAAGACUAAAAAUAUGAUUAAUAUUGGUUACAAUGUGAAUCAUAUAAAAGACUCAUCAAAAAAAAUUACAAUUGUGGACAAUUCUCGGGUUAAAGAAGACAAUGAGCUUGAAAAUGAAGAAGAAAAUCAAAUUGAGGACAUGGAACAACACGACGAGGAUAUUUCUGAAGAGGAUGAAGAAAAGCCAAUAAAAGAGUCCCCGAUUCCUAUUCCUAAACCAAAAGAGCCGAUAAACAAGUCCCCAAUUCCUAUGGACAAACCAGAGAAGCCUUUAGACAAGUCAGAAAUUAGUAAACAAGAAAAAGACAAGUCAGCAGCUCCUAUUGACAAACCAGAAGAAGUAGAAUCAGCAGAAAAUAAAGAAUCAAAUUUGAUUGAAGGAUUGUCGUCUGGUGCUGAAAUUUUCGGACAAGCAGCAAUGGAAAUAGUCAAAGAAUUGAUCCUGUCUAAGUUAUUGCCCAAAACUUUUCCUCCCCAGCAAGAAUACGGACAACCUGCCUAUGAGGAGGAAUCCAAUUAUGAAGAAGGACCUGUCUAUGAAGAGGAAUCCCCCUAUGAAGAAGAAUCUACAUAUGAAAAUGAACCUUUUUAUGAAAACAAUAAUUAUGAGGAACCUGUUUAUGAAGAUAACGGAAUAUGA